GCUGGCUCGCGAGCUCGCGCGCGCGCGGGUGUGUGUGUUAAUGUGCGCGCGCACGCCCCCUUCUCUGGGGCUGCGGCGGAGGAGGCGGAGGAGGAGAUCGGCGAGGGAUGAUGGCCCAGCCGCUGCUCAGGAAGACGUUCUCCCGGCUGCGGGGCAAGGAGCGCCUCGGGCGCAAGAAGGCGGCACAGCGCAAGGAGCCAGAUUCCCCUUCAGAGCCACCAGGUGCUUCCGGGUCUUGCGUAGAUCCUCAAGUGUUGGGGCCUCUCCCACUGGAAGAUGAAUGCAGUAAGAAAGGUGCCGCCAUCACAGUGUCAAGGAAACAACACUGGGCCAAGUUCACUUGGGGGAGCCAGGAGGAUUCCCACAACCGGAAACAGGGCCAGAAUUCCUCAAGUGGCUCACAGGGACCUGUUGACCCGGAUGGAGAGCCAUCCCCGGAUAACCUACACUGUGUUGACUUGGUGGCAAGCGGGCCCAAGAAAGAUGCUGAAUUGCUGGUUGGCUAUACGGAGACCUGCAGCUCUAGCCUUAUUAGUGCCAAGUGCAGCGGACAAGGAGCUUACCUGCAGAGCCUGGAGAGAAGCAGCCGCCACUGGGUGCUUUCAUCGGGGAAGACCCAGGGAGCAGAAGAACCAGCAGCCACCGGCUCUGGCACUGAGCAGAGGGAGCUUUAUGUGCUCUGCAGCAGCAAAGGGGAGAUCUGGUACAAUCCCAUCCCAGAGGAUGACGACUUACAGUUCCUUGAGAAGAAGUGGGGCAGCGAGGUUGAUAGCAGGAGCAGGAAGGGGAAGCCGGUGGAGAUUAAAGCUGUGCGGGAGGCUGUUUCUUUGGGAGGCUCACAGCAAGCAAGGAGAGAUGGUGUCCAGAUGUCACCAAGCCAAACACGACCUACAAAGCAAGAUGAGGAGAUGAUGGGCCCCCAACCCCAGGCCUGUGGUGGAAGAAUGCUGGCCACAAGCACAGAUCCUGGGGAACGGGCCUUGAGCCCCACCACCCACAAGAAGGUCCAAACUCUUGGCAAGGCAAAGUCCCCCGGCCCAGUGAGAAGUCUCUCCAUGAAGAUGAAGAAGCUUCCAGAGCUGAGACGGAAACUGAGCCUGCGUAGCUCCCGUCACCGAGGGCCCGAGGCGGAGGGCAGCUCGUCACCAAAAGAAUCGGGCAGUGUCAUCAGCCGCUACCACCUUGACAGCAGCGUGGCAUCUCGGCUGCCUCAGGCAUGGGGCAAGGCUGCCAGCAAAGGGGGCUACUUGAGUGAUGGCGACUCCCCAGAGCUCCAGGCCAAAGCUGAGACCUGCCUGGGAUUCGAUGGUGGCUCUUUCCGCCAUUACAGCUUUGCUGAGCAGCCAGGCUGCUUGCAGCAUCUCUCUGGCCUUGUCAGCAUCCAUCUGCUGGGGGUGCAGGACUUCAGACACCCCAGAGCUGAGGCCAAGGAGGCCUUUUGUGUCCUCCAGGUAGACGCCAUCAACAAAGCCCGCACUGCCCUUCUUCCUUGUCAGGAGGCUUUCCUCAACCUCAACCAUUCCUUCCAGUUGGAGCUUGAGGAUGCCCAGCUCCUUAAAGUUGUGAUCUUCUCAUUCGAUCCCUCAGUGGGCAAGAAUCGUGUCUGCUGCUAUGGAACCAUCAUCCUGCCCCACAUUUUUCAAGGUUGCAGGAGCCAGCAGCUUGCCAUGCAGCUGGAGCCACAGGGACUCCUGUACAUCAAGCUCACCUUGGUGGACCAGUGGGACCCAGCUAACAACGACCAGGAGCCACAAGUCUUUGGAGUGAAACUGAGUCAGCUGGUGGAGAGAGAAGGGGCUGCCAUCAAAGUGCCCCUGCUGAUCCAGAAAUGUGUUGCCCAGAUAGAGAAAAGAGGUUUGAAGGUUGUGGGUCUGUAUCGCUUGUGUGGCUCAGCUGCAGUGAAGAAAGAGCUACGUGAUGCCUUCGAGAGGGACAGCUCUGCUGUGGUGCUCUCUGAAGAUCUCUAUCCAGACAUCAAUGUCAUCACAGGGAUCCUGAAAGACUAUUUGCGUGAAUUACCCACUCCUCUCAUCACCAACCCACUCUACCAAGUGGUUUUGGAAGCCAUGUCCAAUCGAGCUGUGGGGCAGGAAACCAAGGAGACUUCAACAACAACAGCUCUUCUGGACUGCUUGCCAGAAGCCGAGAAGGCUACCCUGACCAUGCUGCUGGACCACCUCAGCCUGGUUGCCUCUUUCCAUGCCUCAAACCGCAUGAACGCUCAGAAUCUCGCUGUGUGUUUUGGACCCGUGUUGCUGAGCCAAGGAGCAGGAGGGGCAGCGGCCCGCAGCCCCCAGCAGCAGCACCGCACCAUCACCAGCACCAUGGACUUCAAGAACCAUAUUGAAGUGCUGCAUUAUCUACUUCAGGCUUGGCCAACUCCCCGCAGGAUGAGUGAGGAAGAGCCCCCUUUGCCCCAACGCCAGUGCCGUCCCCCCAUGACUCUGCCGCUUCUGAAGACCACUGUCGUGGCCCGGAGCCGCCCUCGAGGCCUGGAAAGCCCUCCUAGCAACCGCUAUGCCGGGGACUGGAGCAUAUGUGGCCAGCAGUUCUUGGCAGGACCCAAGCCGGGGGCUGGUGACACUGACUACGAUGAGGUGGCUGGGAGUGAGAGUGACAAUGAGGAGGAGGAGAGGAAGGAGGAGGAGGUGCUGCGGGAAGGCCUGGCACACCGCAACCGGACUGUCUUCGUGGGCGACUUUUCCUUGAUGGAGGAGCCAGAAGCCCCCUUCAGCCCUCGGCUCAACCUGAAGGAUUUUGACGCCCUCAUUUUGGACCUAGAGAGAGAACUCUCCAAGCAAAUCAAUGUCUGCCUGUGAGCCUCAGGAUAUAAGGAUGCUCUGCAGGGCCCCGUCUUUUGUUUGCAAAACUCAGGCAGCCGUGAGCUCGAGUCCUUAUCAGUAUUCUUUCUGUUCCUGGCACUUCGAACCCAGUGAACAGCCUUUAUUUUUGGUUCUAUUGUUAUGGUUUUCUUGCCCAGGGAUGAAGAGCCAGGGUGAGGGCCAUUGCUGAAUGGCUCUCAGGGUGCAGCCAUUGAGGAAGGAGGGACGAUUUCCAAACCCAUUGGCUUGUAUCUAUCUUCUAGUACUUCCAAGGAAGAAAGGAAGCAAUUGGCGUUUCUUUAACUUGCUUGAAAAGAUGAUAUUGAAUAAGUAUUAUUAUUUAUGUAGCACACUUUUCUAAACAUUCAGAGCACUUCAACAACCUUUGAGGGUAGGACAGUACUCUUAUCUUCCCUUUUUAUAGACAGAACCCAUGUGUGUGCCUUGGCUGACCCUGAACAACUUGGUGAGACAAGGAGCGCUUCCAGACAGCACUAAAUCAUGGGUUUUAAACAGGGGCAAAAAAUCCCAGGACUUCAGAAAAGUCCUAGGAUUUCUGCCUCACUUGUCCAGACUUAGUGCUUUGUUCCAAGAUGUAGAAGCUCCCAAUAUGGCUGCCGUGGGACUUCUGCCAGAAACCUCUGAGAUUUUUUUUUAAUGGUGAGAUGCGGAUAUUCGAAUCACUGCAAAAGUUCCAUCUUUGUCCUGGCCAGAGAAACUGUUCCCCCCAGAUAUUUUAUGAAGUAUCUCCCACACAAAUAAACCUCAUGGGGUAGGACCAUUACUGCCCAAGUCAGCAGUACACAAUCAGACAGGAACACAUACUUUAAAGCCAGAACUUUGUCAUUAUCAGCUAUUUUUAUCUGCCUGGCCAGACAGAUUUGGUUGUGUACUUGUGACAUCGAACAACAGGGUGCUGUUCCUGGGUUAUAUCUGAAAUUUCCUAUUAGCCACCUGCAUGACUUUGGCUCUCAUUAUUUACAUUCCUCUCCAGCACAUCCAUGUCCCAACAUCCAGAACUAAGUUUUUGCCAUUUAAUAACAUUGUACACAUGUACACAUAGGGGCCCCUGGUGGCACAGUGCGUUAAAGCGCUGAGCUGCUGAACUUGCGGACCAAAAGGUGCCAGGUUCAAAUCCCAGGAGUGGAAUGAGCGCCCGCUGUUAGCUCCAGCUCCUGCUAACCUAGCAGUUCGACAACAUGCAAAUGUGAGUAGAUCAAUAGGUACCACUCCAGUGGGAAGGUAACGGCACUCCAUGCAGUCAUGCUGGCCACAUGACCUUGGAGGUGUCUACGGACAACGCCGGCUCUUCGGCUUGGAAAUGGAGAUGAGCACCAACCCCCAGAGUCGGUCACGACUGGACUUAUCGUCCACAUGUUGUCAGCAUACACCCAAUGAGGAGUCACAUGUAUAACCCGGCAACUCAUCCUGUUGUUCCUUGGCACAAGUACACCACGAAACUUGUCUGCACAGAUGUCCAUACAACAAGGUCUGACUAAUUAAAGCAAUGAUGGCAUUCUAUUCCUGAUUUGAAAGUGUCUGUUCCUGUGUUAUUAUGUACUACUUAAUGUGAAAGUACUUGCUGCACCCCAGGAACUUCAUUUUUCUGUCACAAACUUCAUUAAACAGGUGAAGGAUGAAGCUCCUCUUCCCAGGACAAAGUUUUUGCCUUUUGUUCAAAUGUCACCUUUUUAGGAACCAACCAAUCAGGAACAAGCAUCUAAAACCCAGGAACAAACCCAGAUAAAAAAUCCCGCGAUUUCUGAUUGCAGGGGCAUACAGAUAUGCAAAUAUCUGGAUAUUCUGCUUAAAACUGCAAUAUUCCCGCACCUAGAAAUCUUGGGGUUUUUGCCUUUCGUAGCUAUUGCUUUUGGUUUUACAGGGAACGGCGUCUGGCCACCCUCCUGUUUGGUGCGGAAGCUCCUGGGAUAAAGGUACUGUCUGGAUGGGCCCAAGGUCUGGAGCUGCAGUUUCAAUGGCUCUUAAGAGGGGCCCUGGGCCAGGGGGUUUCAGUGGGGCUCCAUUCUGUGUGGCUGAGCCUCUAGUGGUCUUAUCAGGGAGCAAUAGCAUUGCGAUCAGCAGUGAGCAUCUGGUUACAAAUCCAGUUGCUCAUAUUUUCUCUGACAAAGUCCAGCUGCUCCUGGAAAGUUAAAACAGCAGUUCCCAGGCCAAGCAUUGGAGCCUUCAAAAGACACUUCUCUAAAAAGGUAGGCAGGUCCCAGUUUUAGGUCCAGCCGGAAAUUGUGUGCAGAAGCCAAGCCCCUCACCUUGAAGCUUGGGGCCUCUCUAGCUUUUGAGAUGUGUUACACUAGUAUUUUCCCAUUUUGAUUUGGGCUGCUGGAAGAGCGAGAUCUUUUUCUUCACCUCCUUCCUGUGUGAAGAAUGCUGGAAAAGGCCGGCUGUGUGAAACAGCAAAGCCUUGGCAGCCUUCCUGUGCAGAUGAGAAGCAUAACCCUGGCUAGUGCCUUACUGCCUUUGAGGCUUUAAAAACAGUGCUUGUGAAAUAUAGUCAUCUUAAUGUGGGGGGAGUUUCCCAGCCAGCUGCUUCAAACACAGGGCAGCCAAGAGCAAAAGAGAAUCUUCCAUUUUUGAUGCCAGACAAUGCUCACAACAGUUCCCUCUGUGUGAAAGGAUCUUUAACAUGGAGCCCCUCUUGCCCUCUCCUUUUGUGUUACUAUGCAGCACAAAGCUUCCUCCUCUUGUGGCAGCUGCAACAUCUGCUGGAGGAUGAACAAAUAUUUUUCUUCAGCAUUACAGGCAGAUUCAUUGGAAGUCAGAACCUUGCAGGCCCAACUUCUAGUAACUUGGUUAACUAAAAUGCAUCCUGUUUAAAUGCAUCGUAACACCCAUUCCUAGAUAAAGAGUAAAAAAUCCUCUGCAAAAAACAAGGAAAAAAUGACUAUCCACAGCAUAUUUCUUUAUGAAGAAAUAUCAAAAUAAUUAUAUAACUCUGUACUUAGUUGUACGGGUUGAAUACCCCUUAUCCAAAAUGCUUGGAUCAGAAUUGCUCCAUAUUAUGGAUUUUGGAAUACCUGCAUAUACAUGAGAUACCUUGGAAAUGGGACCCUACUCUAAACAUUAAACCCAUUUAUGUUUCAUAUAAACAUAGUUAUAUGUUUAUAGAUAUAAACAUAGUUAUAUGUUCAUAUGUUAUAUAAACAUAGGGCCCCCUGGUGGUGGCGCAGUGUGUUAAAGCGCUGAGCUGCUGAACUUGCAGACCGAAAGGUCCCAGGUUCAAAUCCCGGGAGCGGAGUGAGCGCCCGCUGUUAGCCCCAGCUCCUGCCAACCUAGCAGUUUGAAAACAUGCAAAUGUGAGUAGAUCAAUAGGUACCGUUCCGGCGGGAAGGUAAGGGCGCGCCAUGCAGUCAUGCCGGCCACAUGACCUUGGAGGUGUCUAUGGACAACGCUGGCUCUUCGGCUUAGAAAUGGAGAUGAGCACCAACCCCCAGAGUCGGUCACGACUGGACUUAACGUCAGGGGAAAACCUUUACCUUUACCUAUGUUUCAUAUACACCUUAUACACAUAGCCUGAAUGUAAUUUUGUACACAACACUUCUAAUAAUUUUGCGCAUGAGACAAAGUUUUUGUACACUGAAGUUUUGGAAAGCUCAAUCUGUUAACCACCCAGGUGAACAUUUUUGGAUUUUGAAAUUCUAGAUAAGGGAUGUUCAGUUUCAAAAUGCCUAUUGUGGGAUAGUUAGGUCCAUAGGGAACAAACAAUUGUGCACAGAGUGUCAGGAGCAAGACACAUGCAGCCACCUGCCUUACCUGUUGCCAAACGAUUGCCCAUCUGAGCAAUUGGUCCAACAGCAGAGCAACUCAAUGUGAAAGAAUACACUAUAUUGUUUUCAUCUCAGCCUGGUGGAAAGAAAUGUUUAAGUCUUCAAUACUACAGAAAAGGUUAAAUUGUAUGUGACAUUCAUAUAUGAAGAUAGCACAAUGGCCCUUUUUUUGGAUAGGAAAAGCUGCUUCCGGAAACAACAGCUGGGAGCUCACUGAGAAUGUUUCACUCUAAGGCUGCUCUGAAUGUUGGAAGCCAUGCACGACAGUGUGUAUAGAAGUGGGAAGAGUUAUAUACUUCCUGUACCUCAAUGCCUCCUCUCAGGGUGUUUUUUCCUGUACAAAAAUGGCCUGUUGGGCUCCUGUUUACAUACAUCUGUGUGUUAUGUGCAGUUUGGCCCGUCUCUCUCUUGCCAGCACAUCUGCUCAGGAGCGGCUGGGCUCAUGUGUAGGAUUAGUUUGUGUGGUUUCCAUCCUUUGGAGGAGGAAAUUCUCCAGGUGAUGAAUGGCAGCUUUCUGCUGUCAUUUCAGUCCAAAGAGUUGGAAUAAAUCAGCAUUGUCUUUCUGAGCUCUGCUUUGCCACCAAUCUGUGCCUUGCAAAACAUUUUGGGUUUAAGUGGGGAAGUGUUUCUCAAGAGACCGAACUCACAAACCUCUGCAAUAUGCAACGUUUGGUUGAGUUAACUCUCCAGAUGCAUGUCUAUAAAGGAGACGGAGAUCCCCAAAGAUCACUUUCUCCAGGUCUGUAUAUUGGAGAAAUAACUAGGUUCCAUUAAGGAGCCCCGGUGGCGAAGUGCGUUAAAGCACUGAGCUGGAGACCGAAAGGUCCCAGGUUCAAAUGCCGGGAGCAGUGUGAGCGGCCGCUGUUAGCUCCAGCUCCUGCCAACCUAGCAGUUCGAAAACAUGCCAAUGUGAGUAGAUCAAUAGGUACCGCUCCGGAGGGAAGGUGUCUACGGACAACGCCAGCUCUUCGGCUUAGAAAUGGAGAUGAGCACCAACACCCAGAGCCAGACAUGACUGGACUUAACGUCAGUGGAAACCAUUACCUUUACUUAACUAGGUUUCAGUGACCUCUAUCACAGACUUUGUAGCAUCUGCACAAGUGGUGCUUCCUGCAGUGCUACAAGUAGCAGACAAAGAAUGAUGCGUGAUAGUGUGUCAUGUAUUCCUUCUACCAGAAGAUAUGGUUCAGCAGUGACAACAUGUUCUCAGCAACAUAUAUCAUAAUGGACCACAAUAUCUGCAGGAGAAGUUCUAGCACCAUUUUACAGAUGCAAGAGCUUGUACCCCCUCCCAUUUAUAAAGAAGGAAGUCUUGUAAUUCUUAGUAUUUGUGCCUACUUUUCUACCUGCAGUGCCAUUUUCAGCUAGCAGUUUCAGUGAGUGGGGAAGCAGCGCCUUAGGGCAUAUAAUGAAGCAACAUGGUACGGAGGAUGUGGGCCUUUGUAAAAAAAAUGUGUAUGUCCUCAUGGACAAUUAAAAUAUCUGUGAAUAUAUAAACCUGAUUAUUGAUGCCUCUCACUUUCUGUCUUCCUUUUCGUACAUGAAUAUGUGCAGAGAGGAGCUUUGUUUUAAUCAUGUUUACUUUACUCUCGUUGACCUAAAUGCUGAUUUUGGUCUUGAUUAAAGUAGACCCAAUGAACCAAUGGAA